AUGGUCAAGUUCCAAUCCAGUAGUAACAAGGGACCAACAUCCCGCCGCAAUUUUGCACCCUCUUUUGAUGGGACGCCCUCUGCCAUUCUCCUUCGCCCCUAUGAAGAGUCGUCGGAUGACUCGGAUGACGAGCUAGGCAACCGCCGAGGCUAUUUUAUUACAUCAAGUCCUUCCAAGAAUGGCAGCAAACGGAUGCAUCAUCAACAACGGUCUUUGUUGGAUCAGAUGCGCCUUUGGUUUUUGACGGGACGGAUACCCUUGGUGGUGGUGCAGGGAGCUAUGAUCUUGCUAUUAUUGGUGGCUGCAAUGCUCUCGUUUCAUACCACAUCUUCCUCUUUUCUCUCUCUACUAGUAGAUGCACAGUCUUCUCAUCACGGCCCGAAACCUGCCAUGGUGGGAAUGUUUUUUCACGGAGUGGAGUCAGAUUCAUUCUCGGGAGUUGUUCACCCCAUUCCAGUGCCCACCACUCACCAACAGUGGUUGGAAUUGCUGGACAAGAGAUUGCAGCACAGCUCGUUCCAUCAUAAUAGUGUACAACAUCAUCAUGAUAGACAUCACCGUCAUCUCAUCCUUCCCGUCAAACCCUUGUCGGAGAAAUUGGACUCGAUUGCGGAGGGAUCCGAGAGCUACGAAGAUGAAAAACCCGAAUCUACGCCUGAUCCAGAUGAAUGCAAGCCCCAGUACGACUGGCAAACACAAACCUAUCCUUCCUGCAAUCAGAUGCACGAGCUCACCAUGGCGAGUGAUCGCAUGUAUGUCAAGCCAAUCAUGGACCUUUUUACGCAAGACUCUACGCAUUCCUAUCCACACCGACGGGGGAUGCAACGGAGGCAGUUGCGACCGCCUCUGGUCGCUACGAACAAACGACAUGGUGACGAUGGCGAUGCUGCAGACAGUCACUAUGAAAUGCUGGGCAGUGGUUACUGGAGAGACACAUGGGUGAUGGAAUCGCCCAUGCCCGGUCGGCACCAUCGUGGCAUUCCCUACACCAAGUCUGCCACGAAAUUGGAGCCCAUUGCCUUUAAAACGAUGCAAUACCAGCACGAUGUUACGGAGUAUUUGUUGGACAAGCAACGGAGGGAUUCCGUCACGAGCGAUCGCCUCCAAUUCUCCCGCCAUGCCAUUCACAUGUACGCGUACUGUGGGACAUCUGCCUUGUACGAGUGGGCGCCUGGAGGAGAUUUGGAAAUGCUCAUUAAAGAAUUUGGAUCGCCGCAGGCGUUUGUGGAAUUUUACAGUAUGGAAGAGCGAUUCAAAUUGGCGUACAAUGCCACGGUUGCAUUGACGGAUGUUCAUACAACAGAAGGAUCCCAUCGACCUCCGGCCAUUGUCCAUGCCGAUUUCAAAACGGAUCAAUUCGUGGCGGUGACACCCGUCGAUUGGACCAGUCUCGAACCGGAGAAUCGGGACGGUGCAUCGCGCAAGUUGCCGCAUUUCAAAUUGGGAGAUUUCAAUCUGGCACGGUUUCCCUACUGGAAUGCCCGUCAUGAUCACGUGUGUCCCGUCUACACGGAUGGCAAUGGAGGAGAGUUGCGGGCCCCGGAAGAAUACAUGGACAAUGAUGCCGAUGUAGGACUCACGGCCAAACUGGAUGUGUACAGUCUCGGCAAUGUCUUGUACACGUUGUUGACGGGAUACUUUCCCUUUGAUGAUAUGGAUUCCGACACGGAAACCAAGACCAUGAAACGAAUGGUGGAACAUGGAAAGAGACCACGCAUCAACAUUGAUCAGGAUUACACUCAUAGCAAUGAUCCUUUGGUACGGACCAUGGUCACGGCCAUCAAGUGGUGCUGGGAACAGAAUCCUCACAGUCGACCCAGCGCCCAACAAUUGGAGGAUCUUUUGGGAAAUCACCUGCCUGCCGGUGUGCAGCGGAUACCACGACGGCGUUAA